AUGGCUCUCGAUCAGUACACCUACGUGUUCGUUAUCGGCACCUUCUUCGCAUUGCUCGACGCAUACAACAACGGUGCCAAUGAUGUCGCCAAUGCUUGGGCCACGAGUGUGUCGUCGAGGUCUAUCUCGUACCGGCAAGCCAUGAUCUGUGGUUUUGUCUUCGAGAUGCUUGGAGCCAUAACCGUGGGCGCUCGCACAGCCGACACCAUCAAGAAUAAGAUCAUCCCAACUACCGCCUUUCAAGACAAUGCUGGUGUACAAAUGCUUGCUUUCACCUGUGCACUUACCGCAGCCUCAACUUGGGUCAUGUGGUGUACACGACAUUCAGCCCACGUCUCUUCCACCUACUCACUCAUCUCUGCCGUCGCCGGUGUCGGCGUGGCGACCGUGGGUGCUUCCAAGGUAGAAUGGGGUUGGAACGGCGGCAAGGGCCUUGGCGCGAUUUUUGCUGGACUGGGCAUGGCUCCAGCUAUCUCUGCAGGGUUUGCGGCGAGCAUCUUCAUGCUUAUCAAGGUCAUUGUUCAUAUCCGCAAAAACCCCGUCCCCUGGGCCGUGUAUACGUCGCCGUUUUUCUUCCUCAUUGCAGGUACUAUCUGCACACUCUCCAUCGUCUACAAGGGUUCUCCCAACUUGGGUCUCAACAAAAAGCCAAGUUGGUACGUGGCUUCGGUCACCAUGGGCACUGGGGGCGGCCUCUGUCUCCUUGCCAUAAUCUUCUUCGUUCCAUGGCUCCGCGCGAAAAUCAUGAAGAAGGAUUACACCGUCACUUGGUGGAUGGUAAUCUAUGGACCUCUACUCUGGAACCGCCCAGCUCCCCCGGACGCCGAACAGGCAAAGGUACCCAACUACGCCGUUGUUCAGAAAGACCCUGAGCUCGACAGCGAUGCCUCACAAAAGUCCGUCAGCGAAUAUGAUGCAGGUGAAGGCGUCGCCAUGGGCAACGAGAAGAACCUUGUCAUAACCGAAGCCCACCAGGUUCCCUACAAGGAGCUCAUGGCUCAGGGGCAAGCACGAUUCCAUGCCAAACUCCGCCGCAAGAGAGGACCUCUGGGCUGGGCUAUGCGCACAUUGCAUGAUAACCCCAUGGGCGCAGGCGAGAUCUAUGAAUUCCGCAAUAUGAAGCUGCUUGCGAAACGUCUUCCUGCCAUGGUCGUUGUUGGCCUUCUUUACGGUGUCAACUACGACAUCCACGCUGCACAGACUGGUAUCGAAGGUACGCCAGAAGGAGAGCGCAUGAAAAGGGUGUAUGCCGCUGCCAAAAAAUACCCCAAUGAGACCGAGCACACGUACUCUUUCAUCCAAGUUCUCACCGCCUGUACUGCGUCAUUCGCCCACGGCGCCAACGAUGUCGGCAAUUCGGUUGGCCCUUGGGCUGUCAUCUACUCGGCAUGGAGCACCGGUGAUGCCGCAGCCUCCAAGGCUCCGGUGCCCGUUUGGCAGCUCGCUGUUCUCUCUGCAACGAUAUCCCUCGGUCUCGUCACAUAUGGAUAUAACAUCAUGAAAGUCAUGGGUAACAAGAUUACCUACCAUUCGCCCAGCAGAGGGUGCUCUAUGGAGAUGGGCGCCGCCAUCACGGUGCUUCUCUUCUCACAGUACUCUCUUCCCGUGUCUACGAGCAUGUGCAUCACCGGCGCAACUGUAGGUGUCGGACUCUGCAACGGCACGCUGAAAGCCGUCAACUUCCAACGAGUCGGUCUCCUCCUACUGGCUUGGCUUCUUACCAUCCCGAUCGCCGGUACUCUCGGUGGAGUCCUCAUGGGCUUGUUCCUCAACGCUCCUCACUUCCUUGGUUAGACGCAGCCAAUCCUCAAUUAAUCGGUAGAACGUACUGUUUUUCGUCUCGCUCUUUUUGCUGGCGAGAAAUCGAAAGGAACGACGCGAUCAUUUCACAUCUUGGGCACUUGAGGGUCUCGCAGAAUCGAAACGGUUGCCAUGCCACGCGGGCAAGUCUGCCGCGAGCUUCAGGUGGAUACUGUAUUUGCAAACAUCUUGUUGAUCGGUGCCCUCUACAUCAACUGCG